AUGCAAAUCAGGCUAUCGAUAAUAGUUUUUGCGUUAUACAUUGUCUCCGUUAAUUCAGAAUUCAAAUCGAUAACAUUCUCUAAUUAUGAUGAAGUGUUAAAAUUUAGUAAACUGGAAUUUGUGUCGUUCACGGCUGAUUGGUGUCCAUUUUCGCGAGAACUUCUGAAAUCUUUCCGAAAAGCAGCAGCAGAAUAUCCAAACCAAUAUCCAUGCAGCAGUGUUAUGUGGGCAAACAUUGACUGUGUUCGGCAGGAUGAUAUUUGUGAGAAACAUAAUAUUAGAAAAUUUCCCACAAUGAAAGUAUUAUUUUAUGGUUAUACAAUUGCGGAAUACAGAGGAAGUCGUUUUUUUGAUGAUCUGAUGAGAUACAUUCAUAAAUUUGACGAUUUGCAAACCCUUCUUGAUAUGCAAGAGAUCGAAUCUAUUACUUUAUGGCAAGAUUAUGCUAAACCCAUGAAAGGAAAUGUAAUAGUCUGGUUCCCUCAAAAUUCUGCACCUUUCGAGUUAAUCUUGCGAGCUGCUGCACUUGAACAUGAUAAAGUGGUUGUAAUAGGACCAAAAAAGACAUUGGAUUUGCAGUCCGAAGAGCACAUGCUCUUAUUUUCGAGCGAUGGAUCUCAUUUUAAACGAUACAAUGGUUCGAUUUCGAGUUUUGAUGAUAUUUCGAAAUGGUUGACUCAAAAUUCUCAUGGAAUUGUUCGCGAAUUGACAUUCGACAAUUCGGAAGCUCUCGUCGACGAAGGGAAACCAUUUUUGGUUUUAUUCCGAGAUAACUCGACAGACUUGGACCAGAAAUUUCGAGAAGCUAUUAGUCGCGAAUUAAACUCCGAGAUGUUUCAAACAUUAAAUCCACUAAUUAUCAACGGAAUAGUUAUCAGUUACCCACUCUACGCUUUGGGUGUCAAACUGCCACAACUUCCCGUUUUAGUAAUCGAUGAAUUUGUUCAUAUGUACAAUUCAGGAUUGAGUAAGGAUGAGAUCUUUGCUGAAGGGAAUAUUAGAAAGAAAAACACCGAAGAUCUUGAAAAAAUUGUUCGAGUUGAAAGCGCUUUUAAGAAAAUGGAACCAAGCAAAAAGCGAUAUUCAUUCAAGCAAGAAUUGUGA